AUGGGAUCAUCCUCGAGUUGCUGUGGCAAAGAUAAUAUUGAAGAUGGGGCUAACAUGGUUGCUGGAGGUAGCAGUUCAUGGAGGAUAUUCACAUGCAAGGAGUUGGAUGCAGCAACUAAUGGAUUCAGUGAAGAUAACAAACUUGGAGAAGGAGGCUUUGGAAGUGUCUAUUGGGGUAAAACCAGUGACGGCCUUCAGAUUGCAGUGAAAAAGUUGAAAGCAAUGACUUCAAAAGCAGAAAUGGAAUUUGCUGUGGAAGUAGAAGUGCUUGGAAGGGUUCGGCACAAGAAUUUGCUAGGGCUUAGAGGAUAUUGCGUUGGGGCAGACCAAAGGCUUAUAGUAUAUGAUUACAUGCCUAAUCUCAGCUUGCUGUCUCAUCUCCAUGGUCAAUUUGCUGGUGAAGUUCAGUUAGAUUGGAGGAGGAGGAUCAAGAUUGUACUUGGUUCAGCAGAAGGCCUCUUGUACUUGCACCAUGAGGUUACGCCCCACAUAAUUCACAGGGACAUAAAGGCCAGCAACAUCCUGUUAGAUUCAGACUUUGAGCCACUAGUGGCAGAUUUUGGGUUUGCAAAGCUAAUCCCAGAAGGUGUUAGCCAUAUGACAACUCGAGUUAAGGGCACAUUAGGGUACUUAGCACCUGAAUACGCCAUGUGGGGUAAGGUCUCAGAGAGCUGUGAUGUGUAUAGCUUUGGAAUUCUCUUGCUUGAAAUCCUCACAGGAAGGAAACCAAUAGAGAAGCUCCCUGGUGGAGUCAAGAGAACUAUCACAGAAUGGGCUGAGCCAUUGAUAGUCCAAGGGAAGUUCAAUGACCUUGUUGAUCCAAAACUUCGAGGAAAUUUCGACGAAAACCAGCUUAAACAGGCUAUUAAUGUUGCUGCUCUAUGUGUGCAGAAUGAGCCUGAUAGACGACCAAAUAUGAAGGAAGUUGUUAGUAUGCUUAAAGGAUAUGAUCCUAGAGGUAGGGUUAUGCAAAGUAGGAUAGAAAGUGCCAAAUAUAAUGAAGAAUUGCUUGCACUUGACCAAACUAGUGAUGAUGAUGAUGGUGGUGGUGGCUGUGGUGGCGAUGAUGGUGGUCCUGAGGAAAGUGGGUAUGGUGUUUUUGGUGCGAUGGAGGCGCAGAAAAUGCAAGACCCUUAUAAGCGUUUUGGAGAUAACAUGAAAAUGGCCAAAUAUGUGUAG